CAUACACCUAAAACAACGAAGUGAAACCUAUCUAACAGUUCGCCCUGUAAAAUCGACAAAAAAAAGUUUUUAUCACCUCGAACCGUUACGCCGUACUCAACACCGAUGAAGACAAUGUACUCGCCACACCUUCAACUAGCACCACGAACAGACCACGUCACAAAGUUCACAAUGCUAAGCCCGUGGCUCCUCCUAUCCACAUCAAAAACAUAUCCAACUUCUCAGCAUUCAACACCGUCCUAAAAAAUAUCCGGACCCAAUGGUUACACCUGGACAUUCAGUCAAGAGUAUUUACAAUGCCAAAAACAGGAACAACUGCAUACUUCCAGUAUUCUUCGAGGAUAUCCAUCAGCAAGAUAAUAACAAUGAUAUCCACGAAAUUACAUCUCUUUUCAACACAAUAGUGAGAAUCGAAAAACCAUUAAAAAAAAGACGUGGCCCACUGCAUUGCCUUAAUUGCCAAGACUAUGGACAUACAAAGAACUAUUGCAACCAUGAAGCUCGAUGUGUCAAAUGUGGUGAAAACCAUCUGACAAUCGAGUGUACCAAGGACCGAAAUAGUCUAGCCAAAUGCGCUCUAUGCGCUAAAGACCACACCGCAAACUUCAAAGGAUGCUCAGCAUUCGAGUCAAUAUUUAAAAAAUCUACUCAAAAAUUUCAACCAGUCAAAGAUCCUGACCCUCACUUUCAACAGUCUCAACCCAGAACCAAAACCAAAUCAAAUGCAGAAGCCACCAACAACCAAAACAAAAUCACAGAACAAAUAUCAAAUACCUUUUCAAAACUCAUAUCCAAUUUAAGCUCUUUAAUUAAUCCAUUAAUUUCCCUCCUUAAAUCAGUCUUAAACACACUAAUAGCUAAAGGCAUUAUCUCUCCAUAAUACUAUUGCACACCGUCUCAUAAUACAUUUAUAAUCUUAUCGUUUCUCAGACCUAUCCUCAUUAAUUUUAUCUCAAAUUUUAAUUGAAAUUAUGUAACGUCCAACCAAGUCUAUCAUUAUUAACGACUACAUUUUGUCAAUUUAGAAUAUAUAUAUUAUUAUUA